GGGAGGAGAGACUCGCACUGAAUGGUGUGAGAGUGAGUGGAGGACUUGAAAAAGUCUGUAAAGAAAGAGUGCUUCCUCUCCAACGUUUAUUUCUGUCAAAGAAGUCACAAAGCUUUGCGGUGAAGAGAUGUCAAACAGCGAUGAAGAUGCGGUUGAGACGGAGUAAACAGCCACUGGACAGUUAGCAUAAGAAGUUGGUAAAAAAAAAAAACAGAAAGGCUUUUAGGCUGCCUCGGCACAGGACGGUUGGUCGUUUUCCGCCGCAACUUGUGCAGACUUCAACCCUGCUUGGUUCGGACGCACGAGAGCGAGGAGCAACAGCGAGGUCUUGACUGUUCACCUCGCCGGGAAGUGAAGCACUCCGUCGGUUGCUCGGUUGGCAGCGAGCCGGGGAAGCGAAGCGCGGCGGGCGGCGCGAGGAAGCAGAGCCGCUGAAGUUGUAGCUCCAAAAGUUUGCCGUGUGUCUUCACCUAGUUUUCCAGAUUGGGAACGAAAGGGGGAGGAAGAGGCCGAGAGACUGACUUUGCUUUCCACGAGCAACUUUCUGGGAUUCAUCCUGCUUUGCUAACUUCAGCUCUGUAGCUAAAGAAGACAUAAUGAAAACACCUGGAGAAACUGGGUUCGCCUUCCCAGAAUGGGCCUACAAGCCUGAGUCGAGCCCCGGGUCCCGACAGAUCCAGCUGUGGCACUUCAUCCUGGAGCUGCUCAGGAAAGAAGAGUAUCACGAUGUCAUCGCAUGGCAGGGGGACUACGGCGAGUUCGUCAUCAAGGACCCGGAUGAAGUGGCCCGACUGUGGGGUGCACGGAAAUGUAAACCCCAGAUGAACUACGAUAAACUGAGCAGGGCGCUAAGAUACUACUACAACAAAAGGAUCCUCCACAAGACCAAAGGCAAGAGGUUCACCUACAAGUUCAACUUCAAUAAACUGGUUUUGGUCAACUACCCAUUCAUCGACAUGGGCUCCACUGGAAGCAGCGUUCCUCAGAGCGCCCCUCCCGUCCCCACCGGCGCAGGGACUCACUUUCGUUUUCCUCCUUCAACACCCUCUGAAGUGCUCUCCCCAAAUGAAGAUCUGCGCAGCCCAGGCGGCAUGUUCAGCUCUGUGGCUCGACGAAUGGCACGUGGCUCUGUCAGUGACUGCAGCGACGGCACGUCAGUCAAUUCUGAAAUUGAAGAGGGCAACACGGUGGCAGGGGAGGAGAGGGGAGAAAGAGGUGUGAGUGGAGGAGGACCUGGUGGGGGAGGAGGAAGUUACAGAAGCAUCAUCCAUCCCCGCCUCUCCCAUGAAGCUCUGUUCAGAAUGUAUGGAGGACCAGGAAACCCCACAGGACACCCAGGCUCACGUGGCCCCGCAGGGCACCGGAUCCACCCAGAGCCACUAUCGCCCUUCCCUGUGUCCCCUUUGCCAGGGCCGGGAGGAGCCAGCCUGCUAGCACCUCCCCUGUCCCCAGCGCUCUCCAUGACACCAACAUCUCACCUACCUUACACCCCCUCACCUACACUGUCACCCAUGUUAGGCUCCCACUUCUCCUUCAACCCUGAAGACAUGAAGCGCUACCUGCAGGCCCACACCCAGUCAGUGUACAACUACGGCCUGAGCCCCAGAGCCUUCCUCCAGUACCCCAACAUCGUCAUCCCUCAGCCCCACCGGCCGUCUGCAGACAAAUCUCUGACUGGAGAGAGAGGAGAGAGAGAACGAGCAGCUGCAGGGGGAGGAGAUAGGGGAGGAGAGCGGCACCACCAUCCACCUUUGGCUCAUUCGGCCCAUCACCACCCGCAUCCGCCUCACUCUGCACACCCUCACCCCCAUUCUCAUCCAAUGCACCACCCACUCCACCUGGGUGAGGAGCCUCCACUCAUGUCUCCCUUCAAGUUCAAGCUGCAGCCACCACCACUGGGCAGGAAGCAGAGGGAGAGUCAGAGUAAACCCAGGCAGAGUUCCAUGUCUUCAGGCUCAGGAUCUGGGUCCAUGUCAUCUACCUCUGGCCUUGGCUCCUCGCUGUCGUUUGGGAGUGACCUAAGCUCAGCUAGCGGUUCAGGCCUCAUCUCUGCCUCCUCCUCAACACAAUCCCUAAACAGCGCAGGACUCCCUAAGAUCAAGGUGGAGCCCAUCUCUGACAUCGAGUCAGAAGAAGAGGUGGAGGUGACUGACAUUAGUGAUGAGGACCCAGACGAGAGAGAUGAAGAAUUUGAGCUCUUUUCCCCCCGCCACUCUAGAGCUCCUGACCACCACCACCACCACCACCAUCACCAUGCUAAUGGCGGCGCACCACCCCAACACCACCCCCACCCUGAUGAGGACCUUGAUGAGGAUGUCUUCAAAGCUCCUGCUCCACCUGGCCUGAUGCCUUUCUUCUCCUCACAUCACACGCACUCCAACACAUAUCGUGGGUUGCCCACCCUCAAGAGCGAGCCAGUCGAACCAGCGGACAGCCACACACCUCCACCUCAGACAGGCUCAACAGGAGCCCCCCAGACAAAGUGUAUCCCUCUAAAGCUGCGCUUCAAGAGGCGCUGGAGUGAAGACCAGCGUAUGGAGGCCUCACAGGAGGAGUCAGAUGACAAGAAAGUACGACCUCAGGAGGAGAGGGAGAGAGAGAGGCGAAGUAAUGGACGCAUGGAGAUGGACGAAGACGGGACAGGCAGCGGGGAUGGAGACAGUCCUCCGCCGCUGACGUACGAGGGCUCUUUAACUACACCGUUGUCCUCGCAGCGGAGAGUGAGUGCUGAGCUGCACCGUGCCACUGCACAGCUGUCUCUGGAAAACAAAGACUACUGAUAAGAGACACAAACACUACUGCUCCAGUCGCACCUGAGGUGGCACAGGAGUGUGUAAAUCCCAGUCCCUUACUGAUAAACUAGAUUCCUGAAACCUCCAGUAAACUGAGAGCAAUGUCCAAUAUACACACAUAUAAAACCUACACCUCAGUGACAGCCUGACUCUUGUGUUGUCAAAUCUUUCUCUGUCUGGAUCAGGGUUCUUCUGGGACACAUCCUUUUUGGGAGGUGGGACUCUCAGACUAAGCCAUCCCAGAACAGUGACUGUGACUGGGGUGAAAUCAGAGGGAGGCUCCCUGAUAGAAACUUGGCUCCAAGUUCACCUCCCACCUGGCCAGUGAAGCUCCAGACUUUCCCUGCACCGGUAGCACAGCUCCCUCAUUCAGACCCCAUGGUUUAAAUCAGCAGCACUUUCCUCAGGGGACACACACUCUCUCGCAACCCAGAAACACACCCAGGAUCACAUCGUACAUGCUCUCCUCUGUGUUCUUUUUCCUAUAACGCUGGUGGGACUUUGAUAAGUGCCUGUAUCUAAAACCCACAGCCCUGGAGUGACAUGGAAGAAAGCAAAGAAUGGAGAGGACGGCUAAAAAAUCAUUCUAUAUAAGUCUUGUAAAGUUAGAAGAUACUGACAAGUGUGUAUCAAAGACUGAAGAGUGGGGCUGUUGGGUGUUUUCUGACUUUUAACCUGGCCCACUCCACUCAGGGAAGCAUAUUGCUGUAUGUUUAUUGGAAUCAUGCACACACAGGCUAAUAACACAGCCAAAAUUGAAGGGGACUGCACAGAAGUAUACACAUCCACAUUUACAAAUACACACUUGGACUUUCGCACACUGUUCUCUUCGAGCUUUUGUAUAACCUUUUCCUGUCUCUCUCCUGUCCUGCUACUCUUUCUCUUGCGGACCACCUGUGGAAACUCGACUUAAAGAAAUGAUUUUAACCCCAGGGAGAUUAAGAAUGAAAUAAAAAGACAGUUCAUGGGACCAAGAGUGGGGAAAGUCAGCAGGAGUGGUUCCAGUAACUGUUAACCAGCCUUCUCACCUCACCUGACAUGGCUUGUAUUGUAAAAAAAAAAAAAAGACAAAAAAGAAAAGAAAAUUUCUACAGGCCAAGCAGCACAAAAUACUAGUUCACCAGCUGAAGCUCCUCUAACAAUCAUAGAUAGUGUUAAACUAAACCAGCAAACACACACCGAUGCACAACACUGCCUUUAGCUCUUAAACACACUUCCUCUCUCUGUCUGGACCAGUGACAAGCUGGGUAAAAAAAAAAAACACCACCAACAAAGCUGUUAAUAUAAAAAGCUUGUGAUAUGUUGGGUGUUAGAAUCGUGAGACAGUCAUCUUUUCAAGAGUGGAUGAAAUGAUCAAGUUUGCUCAAGAUUUUACUUUUUUAAUGGCAAGAGAAGUAGAUUUAUACUCAAGAAUCCAAAUACGUACCCGUGGGGUUCAAACUAGGGCUGUCAGAAAUAAUCACAUUAAUCAUGACUAAUUAAGAUCUACAAUUGAGGUCUUAUUUGUUUUUAAUUGGAUUAAUCCCAUGGUUUUAUUGUCCCUUUAUAGCACACUGUGGUUAGGCCACUGCAGAGUCUCAGUGCAGCCACCACAAUUCAGAAUAAGUAUGCCACUGCUCUUUUUUUUUGUCUAAUUUCACUUCAAAAAAAAUCACAGACAGCUCAGUGAACAAGUCAAAAGUCAUCUGCUCUUGUGUUAUCAAACAUUUAACUUUUUACUGUCCCCUUAUUUUGUUUUAACCCAUAACAAGAUCUUCCUCCCACGGUUAAUGUUUAAAUCCUGGAUCUAUCUAUAAAAGCAGGUCUAUCCAAACAGGAAGUAAAUUACCAUUAGUUAAAUGUAGAAAAAUUCUAAAUGACAAAAAAGUUGGUUUCAAAUGCAAAUAAUGAAAUUUUAGAAUAUUAAAAAAGGAUGCAAUAAAUCCAGAUUGACUACAGAAAUUCUGAGUUGCAAUUAAAAAUGUUGGAUCCUUUGACAGCCCUAGUUUAAACUGAUUGUUAGGCUGAUCUCAAAAGUGUUUUGCUUCAUUAACAUACUUUUUGAGUAUCUUCUUUUCUUAAAUUUUGGUUUGUUUGUUUUUAGAAGUGAAAUCAUAAGCCAUUCUGAUUGGCCCAACCAGCCCAUAGCUGGGCAGCCCACCAGAUGGCUAGCCUGUCACUGGUCCAGACCUCCAGCUUUCCCUGUAGUGCACAUCAUCCUCAGACCCUGAGUGUGUAACACUGCCAGGCCUGUAAACUACAUGAGUGUAAAAGCCUGAGAGAGCAGGGAGCAUCUUAAAACAUACUCAAACUUACACACAUACACUGCCUCUCUAUGCCUUGUUUUUAUAGCAUGUAAAAAAGUGCAAACUGAGCUCUAGUAACACACAUACAGACUAUAUCUUUAUAUAUUCUAAAUGUUAUUAUAAAUAAGUGAGAUUUUAAAGACAAAUAGCAUUUUAAUUAUAUGAUUGAUUUUGUAAGUGGAUUAUUUUGAGUGCUAAGACACUUGCUGAGACAUAUAUAGCUACAUGGAGGGUAGAUGGGCAUGAUACAAAGGGGUGGGAGUCCAGGUUUCUCUUGUAAAUUUGUUUUAUAGACAAACAAGCCACAAGACCAGCACGGGACUUUAAGAGACUGCCAAUGAUUCAUCCUGCUGUUCACUUUAUUUUCAGCAGGCAGCACUCUGCUCCCUCCUGUCUGUACAGUCUAGUUCAGCUCAGUGGGGUUCUCCCUGGCUUGAGCUCUCCUGGCCCCAGGCCACCUCUCCAGGCCCUCUGUGUCUGUGUAUGUGUGCUCAGAGUUAGCUCAUGGGUUAUUAGUGAAGUAGUAAUCCUGUCUUUUCUUUUAGUCCAGUUAGCAUAAUGCUCCAAAGUUCACAGCAACAAAGAGAGGGAGCAAGACAAAGGGGAUAAGGGGGUUAAUCAUUACUGUACGAUUGCCUGGAACAUGUGAGACCCUGUCCUGAAAGGCCCCUCUCCUCCAACUAUGCACAUUCACACAAACACAAAUGAUUAUGUUUUAACAUCCUGGAGGCCUGAUUGGUUAACCUAGUCGUGUUGACCAGAAGCUCGGCCCUGCCUGGCCAGCCACAAGACAGAUCUAUUGCAGAGAACUGUGAGAUCGACAGCCCCCAGGCUCUCUGUGUAGUUGAGCUGAUUGAAUUUCCUCAUCAGACCCCUAUGGGGCUGGACUGGAGCAUGUCACAGCACGCACACACAUUCAAACACCACACACAUACUCACCCACACUGAGUCCUGUGUCUGUACCUGAACUGAUAGCUGCCUUAUUACCACUUGUCAUAUCUCAGAAACAGAUGAAGCAUCAGUCUUGCCUGCUCUGCACUGUCUUUCUCUUCUUUCGGUUUCAGUUUUUCCCCGCUUUGUUUCAGGCGUAGUCUGAUGUCCCACUGAUUGAGGCAUAAUCUGACUCAGUCAUGAUAUUGCAGGGUAAAAAGAUUGAUCAGACUUUUGACUGUAACACAGGCUAUCUCUCAUCUUGUUCCAGGCCUCUACAGUCAAAGAACAGUAGAUGAACAUGGAUUACGUUUUUAUCAAAAGAAAUAAAGGUUUAUUGGUUUAUUUUUCUGAUGUCAAUAUUGCUAUUGAUUAUUGUUGGUGUUAUUAUUGCUCUCAUUGGGUUAUUUACCUCUCCACCUGGCAUUAUUUUAUUCCAUGGCUCUGUUAGCUGUUGCUUUUUAUGUUGUGUACAUCCAAACUCCUUUCCCGAUUUCAAGUCUUGAAGCCUCCUAAACCAGAGACGUUUUACUUAUCUUUAGUUUUUACAAAUGUAAAAUAACAAAAAUGUGUAAAAUUAAUUUGAUGCUGACAGAAAUAACACCCAGGGCUGAAGGGCAAGGCAGCGGCAGAUGAUUUUAUUUUGAGGGAAAGGGGGGAGUGAUUUUAUCUUUUUGUCAUGUAUUGUAAUUUUUGUUUUAUAAUGUUACUAUUUUCUCUCUCUUGUAUAUUUUUUUCUUGUUUUCUUUGGGGGGAGGGGUUGUAUCAUUUUAAAAUAAGAAAAAAGAUGUUGUAUUGUUUGACUGUGUAAAGGUCUAUCUUCUCCCUCUUUCAGUCUCUUCUUUCGCCUCGUCUCCCCCGAGCAGUUACGUAACACUCAGAUGGAGAGAUGAGAGUUAAUACCAUGAUGUAACAUUGAAUUUCUCCACUUCUUUCGUGUUUUUCCAAACUUGUAAUUAAGCUGUAAUCAGGGUUAAUUAAAACUGGUUAAAACCCA